AUGCCAUUAACAAAAGAUAACAUUUUAAUUAAUCUAUUGGUUGAAACAAUAUCAAUUAUUCCAUUAAAUAAUAUUGAAAUUGGUCGAUUGUCUAUUACUGGUCUUAAAUAUCUUUUAUCUAUUACGCAUAAAAAAAAAAUACCCUUUGUAACCCGAGAGUAUGAAGUUUUUCGGUAUAGUGCAGUUCUAGCAGCAAAACAAGUUUCUAAUGAUGCAUAUGAAUCUCUUAUGGAACGGUUGCCAACUUUAGAGCAAAUAGAAAAUUAUCAUGUGGAAAAUAAAUUGAUUACAGACCAUCAAAAGGUUGCUAAUGAAAUAAAACCUUUGGUCGAUUAUAUUGAUUUCGGACGGAUCAAAGGUCAG